UAGUUCGUGCAUUCCAAGUCCGGCUUUCGAUCCACCAUGUUGCGUUUGAGCUCGCUGCUGACUGUCGGCUUUUUCCUGGUUUUGGCCUCUGUCUCCGGGGAGAUAGUCAACUUCGAGACCUGUGACGACAGCGUGGACACCUGCACCAUCCACCAGGUGAACGUGGAUCCCUGUCCAGAGGCCAAGAACAAUGCGGCUUGCCACAUCCACCGCAGGCGCCGGUUCACGAUGAGCUUCGACUUCACGCCCCACUUCGAUGCCGACACCCUGGAUGCCAGUCUGGGAUGGGCCAAGUCGGAGAAUGUGGAGCUGCCCCUCCUCAGCAUGGAUCGCGAGGCCUGCAAGUACACCAACUGUCCUGUAAGAUCUGGAGUCAAGCAGACCUACACCAACAACAUGCUCGCCGAUGGCAGGUUCCCGCUGAGCCCCUAUACCAUCCGUUGGGCCCUGAAGGAUCCCGUCUCCCAGAAGCGCUGCUGCUUCACCAUCGACAUCAAGGUGGUGCGCUAAGAGGAUUAUCGGAAAUUAACUAUGCAAAUAUUAUUUAUUUACAUUUUUUUAUAUAUGUAAAAGAGGUAAAUAAAAUCUGUAUGUGACUGUAAAUGUA